CACGCUUCCCCCUUUCCCUCCUCCCUUAACCUUCCUGAGCCUCUCUCCACUAUAUAAACGUCGGCUGCAACCGCAGGAUUCAGCACACAACCAUGAAGCUGAUCGUCUUCGCCUGUCUGGCCGCCCUCGCCCUCGCCCGUCCUCAGACGCCCGAGUCUCAGGCCGAGACCGUUUUGGACGAGAGGUCCGACAACGGCGACGGUAACUUCCAGUACACCUUCGAAACGAGCAAUGGUAUUAGGGCCAACAAAAUUGGCAGUCCCGGGUCCAAGGGCCAGAGCAACAUGCAGGGCUCAUUCAGCUUCCUUCUUCCCGACGGAAGUGACAAACCUAAACUGCUGAAAUUAAUAUUUGGUGUUACACUGGCUUAUCUAGGCAAAUCCCACUUUCAAGAGCAGCGUAAGUACUCUGUUGAAAUGGGAAGUGUCAGACAAUAA